AUCUGAUAAAUUCUAAAACGUUGUAUGAUGCUUAACUUGUAUGUUACUUAUCGAACACUUCACAUAUUGUCAACACUUAUUUGUAAACAUAAAAGUAUCUGCGACCAUAGUGCGCGGUAUUGAUUUUUAAAUAGAAAUAUUACUUAUGUAGUACUUAGUUUCAAAGAACUUGAUUGUCGAACUAAUAUUAAAUUCUUAGCUUAGUUAGGAUUCACUCAGGCCUCUGUACAUACACCUACAUUAUAAUCUCUAAAAAGAAUGAGAUAUAAAAUGAUAUUUUCUACAAAUAUUUCAGCAGAAGACUCAAUCAUUAAAUUAAAAACAACGACAUCUGUUAUCACUUUCCAGAAGCUGGUCUUAAAACGUGACGAUGUUUGAGGGCGCGGUGGCAGGUAUCCUAAACCGUCUCCUAGGCAAGUAUGUGCAGGACCUGGAUACUGAGAACCUGAAUGUGGGCAUCUUCUCCGGGAACGUUAACCUCACCGACCUUAAGCUUAAACCUGAAGCACUGUAUGAAUUAGACCUUCCGAUAGAUGUGAAAAUCGGUACAAUCGGCCGAAUAAGUCUGCAAAUACCAUGGUCCGGGUUGUACACCAAUCCUGUGGUGGUGAACAUCGAAGACGUGCUAUUACUGGUCGGACCUGCUAUCUCCAACAGCUACUUCGAUCCAGAAAGAGAGAGAAGACUCACCAGAGCUGCAAAGAGGAAGAUUUUACAAGACUUGGAAGCGGAGAGUGAGAUUUUAAAAGGACCUCAAAAUUUCUUUGAGAGUCUCUUCACAGCGAUUGUAAAUAACAUUCAGAUUUACGUGAGAAACGUCCACGUGAGGUACGAGGACUCUAUCAGCUCCAAGGAUGGACCUUUGGCAUGUGGUCUGUGCCUGCAGAGUCUUUCUAUCGAAACUACGAACAGUAAAUGGAAACCAUCAGUGACCCCAGUAAACGCAUCCACGGUGUACCAGCUGGUGCGACUGGAAUCGCUGUCGUUGUACUGGAAUCCGGCAGCCACUGCACUGGACGACGCCGAGACUGCGCACAUCACGCCCAUGCAGUACUAUAAUUGGAAACACUACAUGCUUACUGGCCUCAACAAGUUUUCUAUGCACCACGAGGAUUUCGAGUUUUUGCUAAAGCCGGUAACGUGCAAGGUGAAGGUGCUGAUAAACCGGUCCGGAGAAGCAAGGACACCUCGGCUUCUUCUGGACGCGGUGCUGGCGGACAGCGCACUGCAGCUGUCGCGGCGCCAGUACCUCUCUAUUGACAACCUUCUGUCUUCCUUCCGACGCAUCAAAUUAAACAGAAAAUAUCGUCAUCUCCAUCCUGGGAUCCCACUCUCAAAAGAUAUCAAGAAGUGGUGGCGUUACGCUUAUAACGUGGUGGUGGAACAACGCGUUAGACCGUACACAUGGGCUGCUAUUAAGAAGCACAGGGAAAACUAUACUGCAUACAAACAGACUUACAAGAGCACUCUCCGGAGCCCUAACGAUAUAGAACUUAAAUUGGACUUGCAGAAAUGCGAAGAUAAUUUGCCUAUAAUUUCUGUGGUAAUUGCAAGGGAGCAAGCAAAGUUUGAAUUACUGUCAAAAGAACCGGAUCGUAUAGAAGUUGUAGAAAGUGAAUUCGACUGGUGGAAGCCGACAAGUUCUGAUGUGGAGAGUGAUUCGGAUGCAGAAAGCAAAGCGCACGUCGAGCUCUGUGUAAAGACCGAGAGAAGUCGCAGCUUGUGGAGUCAUCUAUCCAGUCCCGAAAAGAAGAGAGUCUGUGAACUUAUAGGCUACGUUGAGGGUGUACCGAAGCAGGAUAAAUCAAAGCAGUAUAUCGAACACAAGUUAAACUUGACUUUGGCCAACUGCUCUCUAACGCUGAUGAAUAGAAGCAAAGAGGUGUUGGUGGUUACUCUCACGCAGUUCCUUGCAUCACUGGAGACCAGACCUUCGGCUAAGGCAUACAAGUUGUCAGCGCGUGCAGAGAGCAUGGUAAUAGAGGGCGCUACCUCCGACGGCGACCUGGUGCCGCUACUGACCACAGAGAAGUCGGCCGCGCUUGCCGGUGCCAACCUCCUGGCAGUGGACUUCGAGCGAAAUCCUUGCAAUAGCGAGGCUGAUUAUGGCCUCUGCUGGCUGAUGGAACCAGUGGAAUUACUUUAUAUCGAACAUUCGUUUACCGAACUGAUCAACUUCUUCCAAACGCAUUCGAUGACACCAGAGGACUUAGCAGAGGAGCUGUCGGUGGCAGUAGACCGGGCAGGUGGCGUGGGCCGCUCGGUGCUGGCGUACGCCGUCAGCCGCCGUAAGGUGUUCCAGGUCAACGUGGACCUGAAGGGUCCCUGCGUCGUUGUACCUGAACAUGGAUGUGUACAUAAAUCCGGUCGCGUGAUGAUAGUGGACGUGAGCCGCGUGGUGGUGCGCUCGGACCUGCAGCCCGCAGACCUGGCGCUGGAGGACGCUACCUGCAUGGAGCUGGAGGAGAAGCUAUAUGACCGUCUGCACGCCGAGUGCUCAUAUCAAAUCUUAUUCUGCGAGUGGACCGAGCCGUGGCGCGAGUCGCGCAAGUACGGAGACUCAGAGCUGCACCUCGUGCCCAAGAUUAAAGCUCAACUCGUGUUCUCUAGCAGCAUCAAAAAAGAUUAUAAAUUAUUGCCAAGGUACAAAUUGAACAUUUCCCUUUCAAGUUUGAAACUGAAUCUGUCAGAUCGGAUCAUCGGCCAUUUGCUAGAUUUUUGUGACAACCUUCCCAUACCGGUGCCAAACACUGUGCCGGUGUCAUUCAUGGACUCCGGAGACUAUGUCGAGGAGUUGGAGGACCCUGAGCUGGCAGAAGCCUUGGAGCAGGACCGCGUGUCUGCAGACCCGGGAUACAAUGAGCUCGUUAAGUUGAGACAGAAGAUUGUCGCCGCUUACCUGAGUAGAAAUAGGGCCGCAGAAACCAAACACGACCCUGUGAAGGUGCAGGCCGCGCCGCCGCUGGAGACCGGCAUCAGCGAGCUGAGCGACGACGAGGUGGAGGAGUACGCGCGCUCCGUCGACCUGCCCGGCUUCGACGACAACGUCUCUCCCAGCAACACCAUCGGCACGCUCAUGCGCUUCGUCAUCGGUGAAAUAGUAAUAAAUCUCAACCGAUCAAGCGAGCAAGUGGACCGACCGUACAUCAUGCUAAGUGUGACGAAGGUGUGCCUGGAUGUGGCGCUGAUGGAGUACGGCCCCGCGAUCCAGCUCGCCGUAGACCAGGCACUGCUGACUGACAAACAGCAUCAUAGUAGCACUGGGCAGUAUCUCGAACUGUUGACAAGUUCUGGAGACUUGUUCAAUCUGCUAUAUAGAAAGGUUCGGGCCAAUUGCCCGGAGUUCCGGUCGCACUUCCACAGCGUGGAGCAGGCGCUGGUGGCGGACGCGGGGCCGCUGACGCUGCUGCUGCACGCGGCGGCGCUGCGCACGCUCUGCAAGUACCUCGCCUACUUGCACGACAAGAUACAGAGUAGACAUGCCUUAAACUGGAAGAAGACCGUGCUGCCGAAGACCGAGACUCUGUUUGACUAUCUGAUGAAGCCAGAAGAAGACCCACCCGUUCCUCCCGGUGCCACUAAGUUCAGCUAUUCCGUUAGAGCGGUGUCGGUGUGCGUGCGGCUGUGGCAGGCGGACAGCGCGCUGGCAGAGGUGCGGCUGGGGGCGCUCGACAGCGACUGCGUCUUUCGCGCCAACGACCGCAUCAUCUUCAAGCUGUACCUCGGCUCCCUCCACAUCGACGACUUGUCUGACAACACUCUCUAUCCUAAGCUGGUGUGGCCGGACGAGGACAAGGUGCUGGAGGUGAAGUACGUGCGCGCGGCGACGCGGCUACGAGCGCACGCGCACGCCGAACUGCGCAUCUACCUGGGCCGCCUGCACGUCGUGCUGCUGUGCGCGCUACUGCACCAGCUGCAGCAAUUCGCGGAGCCGCUGGUGUCGGGGUCUGCGGCGGCGGAGGCGGCGGCGGCGGCGGAGCGCGAGGCGCGGCUGCGGGCGGAGCGCCUGCGCAACUGCGCCUCCAGGCUCAGCCUCGCUAUUGAACUCCAUGCUCCGGUUCUGCUUCUUCCGCAAAAAGCGUCAUCGCCGGACUUGUUAGUUUUAAAUAUGGGUGACCUACUGAUAGAGAACUUCUUCAAGCCGUUGAACGUGAGCCAGGAGGCGAGCAGUCCGGUGGUCAACCCGCUCAUAGACAACGUGCUGGUCAAGCUGGAGAAUGUCACGCUGUCCCGCGCCGUCAUGACCCUGGCCGGCACGCUGGAAGUCCAGGAGCCGAUAGUGGAGCAGGUGUCGGUGCGCUGCGACGUGAAGCGCGCGGUGGGGUGGCGGCAGGCGGCGGGCGCGCCCCGCGAGCUGCUGCGCUGCGCCGCCGACGUCGUCAUGGACAGCGCCGCCGUCAACCUCGGACAGAACGACCUCGCCACCGUGCUCGCCGUCUGGUCCAACAACCUCAGCGAGGCGCACUACAUCGGUGCCGUAGUACCGGGCUCUCCGGUGGAGACGGCGCCCUCCGAUGUCGCCGUCAAAAAGCUGCAGGCGUUCCUCGCGCAGGGCGACCCCAUACGAAAGGAAGUUACCGUCAGGUUUACUCUUGAAGGCAUCGAAAUGAAGCUAUACUCCGACCUGGACGAGGUGAUGAGCUCGCCGGUGCGCGACGCGAGCCGCGGGCUGGCGCGGCUGACGGCGGGUGAGGUGACGCUGGCGCUGGACUGCUUCUCCGACGGCAGCGCCGAGCUGCGCGCCGGCCUGCAGAGCCUGCUGCUCGAGGACAUACGUCCCGAUAACAACGUCCUUAUAAGACGGAUAUUCCAGUCGCAGGGCGGCGGGUCGCGCGCGGCGGCGGGCAUCUCCGUGCUGCGGCCGCCGCUGCUGGACGCCAGCGUGCGCUGGUCCUCGCGCGCCGCCACCUGCGACCUGCGCCUCGACCGCACGCGCCUCAACCUCGCGCUGCCCUUCCUGCUGCAGUUGACUAAAACCCUGCUCGACGCUAUGCCCGGUGAUAAGACGAUGGAAGGUGGUCUGGUGAACCACGGGUACGUGGGCGAGGCGGAGGGCGCGCGCGCUGCCAACAACAACUGCGCCGCGCGCCUCCCCAGCUGCAGCGACUCCACCAGCGGAUACUAUUCCACUUCGGCGGCAGUGCCGGAGGAGAGCCCGAGCCUGGCCAUAUCGAUCCAGUGCCGGCAGCCGGAGGUGAUGUUCUUCACGGAGCUGACGCGCAGCGAGGGACACGCGCUGCUGCUGCGUACCGAGCUGCUGCUGGACUACUCGCGACACUCCAACACGGAGAGCCUGGUCGUGUCGCUGGCUGGCCUGCAGAUAAUGUCAAAGCUACAAUCGAAACUUAAAAACCUGCCGCCCCAGACGGUAUUGAAGCCUUGCGACGUUGAGUUUUCUAAAUCAUUUAAGAACAUCGAAGAGGGUAUCAAAGUUCGUCUUUCAGUGUCCGAAAUUGAACUGCACGUGGCAGCGACAACUGUACAUACAAUAAUGGACAUAGUUGAAGAAGUGACCAAUGAAUUGACGAUACCUGAAGAGAAGGAACCGUUCAAUUUUACGUCGUACCCGAGAUCGGAAAAAUAUGACGAGGAUCUGUGGGCACCGAAAAAGAUCAGCAACCCGCCCACAGCACAGUACAGCUGUGAGAACAGUUACACACAACCGAAGUACCCCAGCAUCAAGCCCACUGAGACCUUUGAGAUUAUGGUUCCCAGCGUUAAAAUCUUGUUCGAAAUUGAGCAAACAGUCAGGAUUCCCGUGUUGGUGGUGAAGAUGUCGUGCGAGGUGUCGCUGCACGACUGGUCGCGGCAGCUGCACGGCGGCGGCUCGCUGAGCCUGCAGGCCGACUGCCACAACGAGCGACUGCGCGUCUGGGAACCCCUGCUCGAGCCCACCGUGGAAGAUAAUCGCCAGAAGCCGUGGGAGCUCACCGCGACAGUUUUUCAAGCGAAAGCGUACCCAAUGUCAUCACGUCUGGACACCAACGUGACGCAAGUGGAAACAGAAUCAGACAAUGCAGCCACUCAGCCGCUCAAGAAGAAGAAGAAGGGUAGCGGCUUCGAGUCUGAGACGUCAGCAGACGAAGCCGACACCGACAACGAGAUGACGUACAUCAGGAACCCCAGCGGGAAAGAGAACAAGGGCUACGGGUACAGCGCCGCUAGUAUGACCUUCUUGAGGGCACUGGAUAUAGAGGAGUCGGAUUCCGAAAAUGAAAUUGGAGCCAAAGAUAGAAUGUCCACAGCCGUCGGACAUUUGUUCAACGACGAUUCGAGUGGGGAUGAAAUUAGCAAUGACGACUCAUCGGCACCAGAACAGAGCGAAGGCGACGUGCUGAGUGAAAAAGAAGAGGACGAAGGAAAACACGAAACUUAUAUCGAUGGCGAAGAAAAUUUGAAGAAAGACUCGGAACAAAAGAAUGUAACGUUGCAGGAGCCGAGCCGCGAGAGCAGCGUGGACUCGGGGCUGGGGGCGGAGGGGCUGUGCACGUACGUGCGGCUGCAGUCGAGCGCGGCGCUGGACGUGAGCGUGUCGCCCGCGGCGCUGCGCACGCUGCACGCGCUGGCGGCGGCGCUGCACGACCGCGCCGCGCUCGUCACCGCCAUCGUCGCCGCCGAGAACGGCCUGCAGCUCAUCAAUGAUAUCGGUCCCGGCUCUACUGUGCAUUUAAGGACGCGCGCAGAAACAGACCUGGCAGGUAACGACCGAGUUCUCGCCAUCGCGGACUACGACGUCGACACCAGCCGUCCCAGCACUCCGGGUUGUGAUACUUCAGAAGCAGACCUAUUGGAUGAGACAGAAAACAAGCAGGAGACUGAAGUCGGAGAUGAAUGGGACUGUUUCGAGGGUGGUUUUGGCGGGGCAGAGGGCGGGGCGAACGCGGGAGGGUCGCUGCACACCUCGCCCUCCGCGCCGCCCGCCGCUGCAGACCUGCAGCGUCGCCUCACAGACCUCACGCUCUCCAUACGCUUACACGACAUGGACCCCCUCAAUAUCCUGUGUCCCCAUCGGUCGGUGUCCAAGCUGCACGUGCUGCACCCCGGCCGUCACGGCACACGCUACUACGUGCUGGUGGAAAGGACCACGCACUACAACGCCAAGAAGAUCAUCGUCCGCUCGCCUAUGCAGGUCCGCAACGAGACGUCGUACACGUUGGAGGUGCUGUACCGGCAGUCGGAGCUGGAGGCGGCGGGGGUGGAGGCGGUGGGGGCGGUGCGCAACCCCUUCCGCGGCCUGCUGCGCCUCGCCAUGCUCGCGCCGCACGACACCUGCAACGUGCCGCUCUACGUCGCCUACCACUGCAAGCUCUACCUGCUGCCUACCAACUUCGAAACUUAUCAGGCGUCAAGUCAAGGUAUUUGGUGGAUGGAGCUGGUGAAGGACCUGGGCACGCCGAAGGACAUCCUCUGCCCUGCGAAGACCGACGAUGAUCCAAGUAUAUUCGCCAUGAAGAUUGUGCCCGUUGAAGGUUGCCAAUCUCAGAAGAUAUCUCGCGCCAUCCCCAACCUAUUGGUGCGCGUGGUGCCGCCGCUGGGCGUGCACAACUGCCUGCCGCACGCGCUGCAGCUGGCAGCCGGCACGCACGCCGAACGAAGAAUACACUACCGAAUGCUGCUGCAUGUUAGUAUACUGUCUUGUCAUCCAUCCCAAAUUCUGUUUACUCUCCUCAAUUUGUGUUUUUUUCUUCAGGUUACACUUUCGGAACUCUGCCCACAACUAACAAAGAUUGUGACACUCCUCCCAUAUUUCCUAGUCUACAACGACACGAAGAAACAUUUGCGUUUCAUGGAGGAGAAUGAGGCGGCGGAUCUGUGGAUAGACCUAGCACCGCAGCAAUGCACGCCGUUCUGGCCGCAGACCGACUCUAUGUCGAUGCACUGCAAGUACAGAGAUUCUAACGUCGUGUCUCAACAUUUUCCUAUUACGAAAAACCAUUUCACUGUUCUCAGAAUGGAUAAAGGGUCUGCAAUCUGCGUGGACGUAACAGGGGGAACAGAUCGGCCGUUCAUCAUCACAUUUAAGUCAUACUGCGCGGGUGACGCGCCAGUCCGCAUUGAAAACCUGUGUGAGGAUCUGUUCCUUAAACUGCACCAGGCGGACUGCGGCCAGGUGGCGCUACUGAGCCCUCAUCAGAGCCUUCUUUACACCUGGGACGACCCCGCCAAGGAGAGAAAACUCAUGUGGAAUAUCUACAAUAACAAGGGAAAGGGAUUCCUUGCUGACUUCUCUCAAGAUGGAUACGGCGAGGAAAAAGUCAGUUUCCAAUCGGUGAAGCAUUCCACCCUGGUGGCGACUAGUAGCGUGACCUCCAAGCUGUCAUCGACACUCAAGCGCCUAACCCCCAAGUCCCCUGAGCCCUGCUCCUCUAGUAGUGAUGACUCCGAUAGCUUUGAACUGCCUGAUAACCUCGUAAAAACCAAGAAGAUGAGGAAAGACAAAGUUAUAGUCUAUUGGGUAUCUUUUAUGAACGGCUAUCAAAGAGUUUACGCAUUAGCUCAGGAUGAAAGAAUAGCACAACAGUACAGAAUGAUGAUAGAUUCAGAACGGAGUAACUACGAACUAUAUUUAUCCCUGUCUAGCGUGAGCUUAUCAGUAUGUGUUGAAACUGGAGUUGGUGUAAAGGAAUUGGCCUACAUAAGCGUCACAGACUCCCUCCCGCGCUGGGAGGUGAACGUCAGCAACAAAUGGAAGCAGCUGGCGCCCGAUCUCACCGCGUGGAUAGAGGAUAAAUACCAAACCGAACAGAAGAAGUGUAACCUCAAAGACUUCAUUCACAUAGACCUGGAGAAAAUGCAAAUGACGAAGCCAUUUUUCUCUGAAUUACGAAGAACGUACAAUCCCGCCGUUUGGUUGCAGCUCCGCAAAUCUGACACGUAUUCAUAUUGUCACCUAAAAUUGCAGAGAUUCCAAAUAGACAAUCAACUGUACGAAGCCGUCUACCCCUGUGUACUCUACCCUGCUUCUUUGCCUACGCAUUUAAAAACUAAGGAUGUUAAACCGUGCAUAGAGGUUGUUGCUUUGAAACAGUACUUGCCUAAUUUAAACCAAGAUAUUUAUAAAUACGUGAAAGUAUUAGUCCAGGAGUUUUGCGUGAACCUGGACAGGGGAUUCGUUAAUUAUAUUUUUGAUAUGUUGAACCACUGGAAGGUGGAGGAGAAGCCGGCCGUGAGGCUGCGAGCUGACUUGGCGUUGAUUCACAUGCCGCUGACAAUGCUGGCCAUAAAGAGCCAAACGAGCGCACAGAAGAACGUAUUCUUCGAGUAUGUGCAUCUGUCGCCACUGAAGCUUGUGUUGAGUCUGUCGUCUAGGGGAUACUUGGAUACUGCAGACAGUCCCAAUCGAUCGCAGUACGGCAUUCAGAAAGAGAACCGACCAAAAUUGUUCAACAGUGAUUUGCUUGAGUAUCUGUUCAAUUCUUGGGGCUCGUCGCUUUGUGACAUGAAGGAUGUCGUAAUCAAGAUGUCGUAUUUGGAGAUGCGGCAGGCGCCGGUCCCGUGGGCGGGGCUGUUGGAGGCGGCGUCGCGGCACUACUGGCUGCAACUGGUGCAGCAGUUCUACGUGCUGGUGCUCGGCCUCGACGUGCUCGGCAACCCCUACAGCUACAUUGGCGACUUCUCCAAGUCCCUCAAGCAGUAUUAUGAACCCUGUUUGGGUGGCACAUGCGCGCGGCGACUGUCGAGUGCGUCGCGCGCGGCACGCGGGGCACGCGGCGAGGCGGCGCUGGCGUGCUGCCUGGCCGACUGCAGCGCCGCGCUGGUGGAGACCACGCCGCGACCUCCGCCACAACGGAAAAGACCUGAGUGUAAGGGGAUUAAAGUGAACAGGGUUUUCUUUAAAAGUUUUCUAGAAGACCUUAAACAUGGUUACUGCUUUAUAACAGUAGAGCAAUUCUGUUUUGUUAUUUUUUUCAAAUUCCGUUUAAUAUUGGAUUAUCGGUUAUCAGCUGCAUAUGAGCUAUCCUUGUUCCUAUUACCUAUAGGUGAGGAGGGGUCGGUGGUAGACAACGUGCCGGCGGCGGUGCUGGAGGGCAGCCGGCGCAGCGCGUGCGGCGUCGCCCUCGCCCUCACCGGCCUCAUCGCCAGGCCCACCCUCGACGUGUGCCGAGAGGCGACGCGCGCGGCGCAGUGCCCGCAGCUGGGGUGGCGCGGCGCCGAGGCGGGGCUGCGCGCGGCCGCCGAGCGCGCCGCCCGCCUGCCCGCGCGCCGCCGCCUACCGCGACACUGCCCCCGCGCCGAGGGCGUGCGGGCGUACGAUGCGUGCGCGGCGCGCGGCGCGGCGCUGCUGGCGCAGCUGUCGCGCGGCCACUACGCCGCCUGCGACGGCUACGUGGCGCACGUGCACCUCGCCCGCGCCUCGCUCGCCACGCUGCUGCUCACCACACAGCACAUAUUCCUGGUGCGUGGCGGCGGCGGGGGCGGGGGCGGAGGCGGCUGGCAUAUCGAGUGGGUGGUUAAACUGGACGACCUCAUCGGCCCACCCGUUGUUGAAGGAGACAAACUCAUACUGAAUAUCAAACAGGACGAAAUGGUCAGCUAUUUCUCGACUGAUGAGAAGGUGAUCGAGAUAUCAGACGCGGAGGUGCUGCAGUGGCUGAAGACGAAGAUAGAAUGCGCCCUCAUACACGCACUGGAAGACAAACGAUGUCCCAUAGAAUAAACAAAGAUCUCUUUAAUUUUAAUUUUGAGUCAAUGUUUAAAAAAAAUGUAAGAUUAUUCAUGUCGGAUAUACUUAACUCGUUCAGUGAAACUGAUAUUAAGUUUGAUAAAACAAAAUAAUAAAAAAGUAUUGAUUUUUAUAAGAUAAUUUAUAAGCAAAAACAUCUCAAUGUAAUGAACCCGACUGAAAAACAUACAUUACUAAACAAAUCAAGGAAUUUGAAAUAUUGUUAGCAUUACAUUAUGAAGAUUAUGUAAGAGUAAAAAUUAGAUAAGGUUAUCAUAUUUCAUGCCUGUUAAUUUCGUUUAUUAUUAGAAUACAAACAUCGCUGAUCUCUAGUCACUAGUUAACAACUUUUAUAAAAUAUAUCUUGUGGCCAUAGAUCCCAGUCAGCACCCUGGUGUAUGCUGUUCGCCGACGACAUUGUUCUUGUCGGGGAAGAUGCGCUUGAGGUCCAGAGUAGACUGGAGAGAUAGCGGGAUAAACUAGAGACAGCCGGCCUGAAGAUAAGCAGAGCGAAAACGGAGCAGCUAUUCUGCGACUUCGGGGGCUUAUCUAGUUUUAUCCCGAUUGCCUUAGAUGGCGCCCAUCUUCCAGUUUGCUCCGACUUUCGGUACCUCGGCUCAUUAAUCCAAAACGACGGCGAUAUUGACCGUGACGUGAGAAAUAGAAUAAAAGCGGGAUGGAUGAAAUGGCGACAGGUUACAGGUGUAAUAUGCGACCCGCAUAUUCCCCUUAAAAUAAAGGGGAAAAUUUACAAAACCGUCGUAAGACCUGUCAUGAUGUAUGGAUCUGAAUGUUGGGUAGUGAA